UGCUGAAGGAGACCCUGUCUGUGUCCUGUCCUGGUGCCGUCACCGGGGCGGAGUGGCCUCCCGGGGUCCCGUGGGUGCUGACCUCUGCGUCGGAGGGUCCUGCUCUGUUUGGCUGGGAGGGGUCUGACUGCUAUGUUUUCCGACAGUGCCCAAGUAUCUGCCCACCAGGUCCCCCAGGGCCCCCUGGAAUGCCGGGGUUCAAGGGACCCACUGGCUACAAAGGCGAGCAGGGGGAAGUCGGCAAGGAUGGCGAGAAGGGCGACCCUGGCCCCCCUGGGCCCGCCGGCCUCCCGGGCAGCGUGGGGCUGCAGGGCCCCCGGGGAUUACAAGGACUGCCAGGGCCACUCGGGCCCCCUGGGGACAGGGGUCCCAUCGGGUUCCGAGGGCCGCCUGGGAUCCCAGGAGCGCCUGGGAAAGCGGGUGACCGAGGCGAGAGGGGCCCAGAAGGGUUCCGCGGCCCCAAGGGUGACCUCGGCAGACCUGGUCCCAAGGGAAUCCCCGGAGUGGCCGGGCCAAGUGGGGAGCCGGGCAUGCCAGGCAAGGACGGCUGGAAUGGCGUGCCAGGACUCGAUGGCCAGAAGGGAGAGGCUGGUCGCAAUGGUGCUCCGGGAGAGAAGGGCCCCAAUGGGCUGCCGGGCCUCCCCGGACGAGCAGGGUCCAAAGGCGAGAAGGGAGAAAGGGGCAGAGCUGGGGAGCUGGGUGAGGCUGGCCCCUCGGGAGAGCCAGGCGUCCCUGGAGAUGCUGGCGUGCCUGGGGAGCGCGGUGAGGCUGGCCACCGGGGCUCAGCGGGGGCCCUCGGCCCGCAAGGCCCUCCCGGAGCCCCUGGCAUCCGAGGCUUCCAGGGCCGGAAGGGCAGCACAGGAGACCCCGGCCUUCCAGGCCCCCAGGGCCUCCGAGGUGAUGUGGGCGACCGGGUAAGUGGCCCUCUCAGCAGGAAGCACCCCCGUGCCCCCACCCCCACCACAGUCUCCAACCUCUACCACAGUCCCCCACCCCCUACCACAGUCCCCCAACCCCCUACCACA